AUGACCCACAUAUACUUUUUAAUUGUUGCCACAGUACUUUUGAUUCAAGUGCCACCGAUCUUUGGAAGGUCUUCGAGAGACGCUGAACAGAAGGAAGAUACUGUGAGUAGGAAAAUCAGACUUUAAAAAAGUGUGACUAUACUAUAGUCAUUUUAGCAAGCAUGCGGUUCAUUACGUUCUGAAUACGUUCGAGUCUGUACAGGGCAGAACACACAAAAAAGAGAACAAAAAGACAAAGACUUCUGCAAUGCUUUCGAGAACAUUUGUUUUUCGAUCCCAGAAGGAGAACCUGAUAAGCCUGAAGGCACAUCUGUCAGGUUGGAUUACAUUACUGUUAAACUUUAAAGCAUCCGUUUUCAGCACUCUGAAACCGCCGACUGACGAGCCGCCGAAAAAGAAAAACUUUGCCAAGUUCUGUAGAGAAUUCAAGAAUCGCUAUCUUUAUGUGUGCCCGGAUCCUUUCCGGUUUGGGCAGAAGGUAUAUUUCUCAAACAUUAUGCUUUUUGCUCAAAAUGGUUAUCACUGCAUUAUUCUUGAUAUUGAGAUUCAAAAGUCAUCAAAAAUUAACUUCUCCUUCAACUUAACCGUUAACAAACUAUUUUCAGGCAAUUGUAUUCUGUCCUGUAUACUCUGAGAAGUGCCAAGUUCCUCUUCCUGACAAGCCAGUGGUCCCACAGCGAAAAUCAUCGAAGCGGCGAGGAGGCGGCGGCGCAGUCGAUCAGUUGUGCAGGAGUUAUCGUGGAUUCGCCAUGAACUAUUGUAGCAAUCCAUUUUUGACGUCUCAAGGACAGUACAGAGCUGCUUGUGAUAAGUAUUGGAGAUAUUGUGGAAAGUUCCAUCAGAACGGAUAAUAAUUUAAAUGUUCAUUUCUCUGGAAACUCGAUUGCAAUCUAAUUAGAAGAGUUUGCAAUCUAAUAAGGAAAAUUUCGCAAUCUAAUCAGAUUUAAUUGAAGUUCCAGUAAAAUCGCAUUAGAUUACAAUAUAUUUUUCCUGAAUUGCAAUCUAAUAAGAAAAAAUUGCAAUCUAAUUAGAAAACAUUGCAAUCUAAUUAGAAAAAUUGCUGUGAUUGCAAACUAAUUAGAAGACUUUGCAAUCUAAUUGAAGCAAAUUCUAUUUCAAACGAGUUCGUAUUAGAUUGCAAAGUUUUCUAAUUAGAUUGCGAUCGAGUUCCCAGAGUUAUUGACAGCAACUUCAUGACCUUUUUGCUAAACUUGCUGAUGUUAACACUGUGAAUGGCUGAAUGAAGAUAGCAUCAUUAUAUUACACCGUUCUCAUCAUCUUCUUCGUCUUUAUCAUUAUCUUCUGUGUCUGUGUGACCGACUUUUCGUCGUCAUCCCAUUUUCAUUCCUUUCCGUCUUUCAAUUAUCAUGAAUUCACUAUUUUUCACUCUAAUUCUAAUAUUAUUAUACUUAUCAACAAAAGUUGUUGCCCAAGAUAACUUCCCAGCUAGUGAUAUCAUAGAACUUCCAGUCGGCAGGUGUGAGUUUUCAAUCUGACAGUUCUUUUUUCAAUUUUCGAAUAAGAUUCAGAUUUCCGGAACCAGAAUGUGCGUACAGUGUCCAUCACGGAAAUGGGCGUCUGGUGACUGAAAAAGUGAACAUUGGCGAUGAGAUUUUCCAUUCGUGGAAUUGCAAUUACGAAGGCGAUCGCAAAAACUAUCUGUUCUGCGUGAUGGUCAACAAUUGUACGGUUUCCGAUCGAGGGGACGACAGUGAGACGCGGAAGGUACGGGAUAGACGUUUUGCAACUUCCAGGAUCAUUUUGCAACUUAGCUAUUCAGGUGCAAAUCAUCGAUGAGUAUGGGUGCUCAGUGUUUCCAAACAUCUUGCCCGAUAUCAGUUAUGAAAGUGAUUUGGCAGCAGGAAUAAAAGUCCAUGCUUUUGCUCUCGACGUGGAGACUGUAAGUUUUGAGCUUUUGCGAUAUCAAUAGGAUUACAACUUUAUCAGACAGCCGUUCACUUUACCUGCAACAUCAAGAUGCUCUUCAAAGAGCACAAUCAGUGCCACCGACCAAGUUGUGCUAGGAGAAAGAGGUUUUCGAGAUACUCAAAUUAA